AUGUUCAUCAGCAGUUCAAUGGAUCGCUCCGGUACAAAAGUCCAUACAAAGGUCCCCCGACACCAGAAGUCGAAGAAGCAUGGUACGAUAUAAUGAAGUGUAUGUAUUCUAUAUCGAUAUCAACCUCCACAGGCCAUGAGCUGACUCUCCACAGUCGGCAUGAUCAGUGUUUCCAAAGAAGACAUUGAGAAAAUUCAACACCCAGAUUGGUCUGCACAAUUUCCCCAGGAUACUGGAGGAGGCUACAUCGCAGCUACCAUUGGCUCUCAUCAAGUACACUGUCUCCACUACAUCUGGCAGGACCAUCAUAUGUCCUAUUUCCCGAAAACUCAGGAGAAGAAACAACGAGUACCAGAACUGUAUGAGUUGCACUACGAACAUUGCGUGGAUUACAUCCGACAAAGUCUGAUGUGCCAGUUUGAUACGGGAAUUAUCCCAUACAACUGGGUAUUAGAUCACCAGAAUCCAACACCGAACGCAAAUACGCAUCAUAAAUGUGUAGAUUGGGAUUCAUUACAGAACUGGUUGGAAGACCGAAAGGUAGUUAUGCCAGAGGGAUUUCAGUGGAAGCAGCCUGGAAAUGUGAUUUCACUAGAUUGGAAUCCGUGA